CACAGCCCAGGGCGACAGCAGGGAGCCUCGGCCCAGCGCUUCCCUGGCCUGGCAGAGUUGGCGUGUGCCUGGCCCGAGGGGCUCGCCUGGGGCUGCCCCGGGGCACGGUCCCAGCACUGGCCAGGCUGGGCACUAGCUGGGGGGAGAGGGCCGGUUCCCAGACUGCAGGAGCCUUUGCGGCUGGAGCUGGGGAAGGAGGCUGCCAGUUCCUUGUAUCGCUUUCCCGGGGCAGGGGCAGGGCCAGGCCGGGGGGUCCCAGCCGCCUGCUGCCUCUAGGGACCGGCCUGGGGGCUGACAUGAGGGCAGGCGCCUGGGGCCACAAGCACUGGAGGAAGCGGCUGCCAAGGGACCCGCAGCCCUGCCAAGCGGCGAGAUGAUCAGUAGGCAAGACACUCAACGGGCAGUGGCAAUUCUGACCAGGUACCAAACCACGCUGAGGGCUCCAGAGGAGCAGCAGUUGAAGGCCUCUAUCGGAAAGGUCUCACACAUCUUCCGAAGUGACCUCUUUCAGGCCCUGCUGGAUAUUCAGGAGUUCUAUAAGCUGAGCUUACUUUCUGCACACCCGCAGCAUCAGAUCCCAGAUCCAGCCCCCCGUAUAUCUGAGAAUCAGCAUGAUGCCAGAGAGCUGGGCUCACCUGCUAGCCCCGGAGAGCCCCCACGUACCCCGGAGGACGCUCCUCUGGACACUGAGCAGAGGCCGGCUCAAGGGGCCCAGGGAAGCAGCAUGCUGGGGCAGCAGCCACAGCUGGUGAGAGUGACUGUGAGCAGCCUGGAGUCGCCAGCCAGUGUCUGCAGCCUGGUGGUUCGUGCCCACAGCACCCUACCCAAGGCUAACCCUGCUCCCAUUAUCGUGAACACGGACUCCUUGGAACCAGGGAUCUCUGUAAACGGCAGCGAUGGCAUGUUUAAAUAUGAGGAGAUUGUCCUGGAAAGGGGUAACUCUGGCCUUGGCUUCAGCAUUGCAGGGGGAAUUGAUAAUCCCCAUGUUCCUGAUGACCCAGGGAUUUUUAUCACGAAAAUCAUCCCUGGUGGAGCUGCAGCUAUGGAUGGCCGCCUGGGGGUGAACGACUGCGUCCUGCGCGUAAAUGAAGUGGAUGUCUCGGAGGUGGUGCACAGCAAGGCAGUGGAGGCGCUGAAGGAAGCAGGCCCGGUGGUUCGACUUGUGGUGCGUCGGAGGCAGCCCCCACCUGAGACUAUCAUGGAAGUUAACCUGAUGAAAGGACCCAAAGGACUAGGCUUCAGCAUCGCGGGUGGAAUCGGAAACCAGCACAUCCCAGGAGACAACAGCAUCUACAUCACCAAGAUCAUUGAGGGAGGGGCUGCCCAGAAGGAUGGCCGGCUGCAGAUCGGGGACCGGCUGCUGGCGGUGAAUAACACGAACCUGCAGGACGUGCGGCACGAGGAGGCGGUGGCCUCUCUGAAGAACACCUCCGACAUGGUGUACCUGAAAGUGGCCAAGCCUGGCAACGUCCACCUCAACGACAUGUACGCGCCCCCCGACUAUGCCAGCACCUUCUCAGCCUUGGCCGAUAACCACAUAAGCCAUAACACCAGCCUGGGUUACCUCGGCAGUGUGGAGAACAAACCCACCUACCCAGCCCCCCCACAGGCGACCCCAUCUAGGUACUCGCCCAUCCCUCGACAUAUGAUUGGGGAGGAAGACUUCACCAGAGAGCCCCGGAAAAUCAUCCUGCACAAAGGCUCCACUGGACUGGGCUUCAACAUUGUCGGGGGAGAGGAUGGAGAGGGGAUCUUCGUCUCCUUCAUCUUGGCUGGCGGCCCUGCCGACCUCAGUGGGGAGCUGCGGAGAGGAGACCGCAUCUUGUCGGUAAAUGGUGUAAAUCUCCGGAAUGCAACUCACGAGCAGGCGGCAGCAGCUCUGAAACGGGCGGGGCAGACAGUGACCAUCAUCGCUCAGUACAGACCUGAAGAGUACAGCCGCUUCGAAUCCAAAAUCCACGAUUUAAGAGAACAAAUGAUGAACAGCAGCAUGAGCUCUGGGUCGGGCUCUCUCCGGACAAGCGAGAAGAGAUCUCUCUAUGUCCGAGCCCUGUUUGACUAUGACAGGACCCGGGACAGCUGCCUGCCAAGCCAGGGGCUCAGCUUCUCCUAUGGGGACAUUCUGCAUGUCAUCAAUGCCUCAGAUGAUGAGUGGUGGCAAGCGAGACUAGUGACCCCCCACGGAGAAAGUGAGCAGAUCGGGGUCAUCCCCAGCAAAAAAAGGGUGGAAAAGAAGGAGCGUGCAAGGUUGAAAACAGUGAAGUUUCACGCCCGGACUGGGAUGAUUGAGUCCAACAGGUCGAUCAAAACGAAACGUAAAAAGAGUUUCCGCCUCUCCCGAAAGUUUCCAUUUUACAAGAGCAAAGAGAACCUGGCCCAGGAGAGCAGCGGACAGGAACAGGGCGUGACAUCAAACACCAGUGACAGCGAGAGCAGUUCCAAAGGACAAGAGGACACUAUCCUGUCAUAUGAACCAGUGACACGGCAAGAAAUUCACUAUGCGAGGCCAGUGAUCAUCCUGGGGCCAAUGAAGGACCGUGUCAAUGACGACCUCAUCUCCGAGUUUCCACACAAGUUUGGCUCCUGCGUGCCACACACUACCAGGCCUCGGCGUGAGAAUGAGGUGGAUGGGCAGGACUAUCACUUUGUCGCAUCCCGAGAGCAGAUGGAGAAAGAUAUUCAGGACAACAAGUUCAUAGAGGCUGGGCAGUUCAAUGACAAUCUCUAUGGGACCAGCAUCCAGUCAGUGCGGGCAGUUGCAGAGAGAGGGAAGCACUGCAUCCUGGACGUGUCUGGCAACGCCAUCAAGAGGUUGCAACAAGCACAACUUUACCCUAUUGCCAUUUUCAUCAAGCCAAAAUCCAUUGAAGCUCUCAUGGAGAUGAACCGGAGACAGACAUAUGAACAAGCCAACAAGGUCUUUGACAAAGCCAUGAAAUUGGAGCAGGAGUUUGGAGAGUAUUUUACAGCCAUUGUACAAGGAGACUCUCUGGAAGAGAUAUACAACAAAAUCAAACAGAUCAUUGAGGACCAGUCUGGGCACUACAUCUGGGUCCCAUCCCCUGAGAAACUCUGAAGACUUCCCCCAUCAACUUCCUUGUGAGCAGAUGUCUGAAAUCCCUCCCUCACCUAUGCCCCAAGGCGGGGGGACAUGAAUACUUCUCCUGCCCCCUUUUUUAGAUCGUCGCAAGAUUGAGUUUUCUAGUCCUGUUUCUUUUUGUUGGGAUGAAUCAAUCUCACUUACCACGUGACUGUCCCCACCAUUCCUGCAUGGACCUUCCCGCUGCUCCAUUAGAGACAGAUGAGAUCCCAUUCAAGUCGUUUUUUAUUAUUAUUAAAAUUUAACCCAAGAAGCAAGAUGGGAGGAGGCAGCUGAGGACUUAUGUAAAGAACAACUGAAACAAUGGAUUUUUUUGAAUAUGAGCUAGGACUGGAGCUCCUGGGGGCAUUUCUCCAAGCAUGUGUCACUGCCUUGUAGCUCUGAACAGUGCAACAGAAAGCAUUUUAUUUAUCUGUAUAUGUAAUUUAUAUAUAAUAUAUAUAAAGAUAUUAUAUAUAUAUUAUAUAUAUGUGGACUAGAAAACCUGAGGGACCUCCUAAAACGGUACUAUAUUAUUGCAAGGAUUUUUUUAAAUUGUUGUAUCCCAGUCACUGGGCGUGGGAGUCCCACUCUGGUCAAGAAGAGAUUGAAAUGGUACCAAGUGCUUCAGAUGCUUCUCACAUCUGGUCAGUUUUCUGAGAACCAAAGCCCAGAUCUUUGAGGCAGAGCAGAGAAACUGGGAUGCUGUGCGUGCAGAGAGGGCCAGAAUAACCUGUAGCAGCUGAUCUAAGUGAAACUGGAAGAACCAGACUGAGCAGGAGGCUGCAGAGCGAGAGAGAAUGGAUAUUAAAUUGCACAUUGUUUUACACACCACCUAAUGUGUUUGCAUGAGAGGUUUCCUUUUUGUUCUAUUUUUUUAAGCAGAUGUUAAACCAAAA